GAAUUAUUCACUUGGUCGCUAGCCCAUGUCAGGCUAUAGACGGCGUUAUCGUAGAUUCUAGGAAUAUCCAGUGUUGCAUUAGACAUUUUGUUUUUUUUGCAGCACGGUUGCUCCUAGUUAGCUAGGACCCGGUGCAUUGUCGGGCCGUCAAUUUUAAUUCCUAUACAAAAACUGGAUCUAGGGAAUUUCUACUCUAUAUACCAUUAACGAUGCAUUCUAUUUCUUGGUGGAGGGCAUGUCUUUUGUCUGCCCUCGUUCUCGGAUUGGGAACGGUGUCGUCAGGCGAAGAAGAAAUGACCAGUAAACUUGAACUAUCAGGCUGCUACUUUAGCGGACGUUUUUUUAAAGAUGGUGAUACGUGGGAACAAGACGAAUGUUCUAUCUGUACUUGUACAAAUGGUGAAGUGUCUUGUGACACCCGUGAAGGUUGCGACGUUGAUAAGACUUCAGCGGCUGAAGGCCCUGAUCAGCAGACUGUCUACCGUUCUGGACCACCUGGAAACCAGGGACCAGAAGGAGUUCCCGGAAGACAAGGAGAGAGGGGUGAUUCCGGAUCUGAUGGUCAGAAUGGAGUCCCAGGACCACCAGGACCUCCAGGUGAAGUCAGCCAGAAUGCUGCCGCUGCAUAUAAACAAUACCAAAACAAUAUGCAAAACGACAAAGCAGGAACUGGAUAUGCUCGGGGACCAAACUAUCUUCAAGCUCGUGUCGGAGCUAUGGGACCAAGAGGAGCACCCGGACAGCAAGGACCUCCCGGACCACAAGGUUUGAGAGGACCUGCUGGUGAACCUGGUGAAGCUGGACCCGUCGGACGCUCAGGUAUCAGAGGACCUGCUGGACCUCCCGGAUCAAGAGGAGUCGAUGGUGACCCAGGACGUGACGGCAACCCCGGAGCUAGAGGUUUACCCGGCACACCUGGAAUUCGUGGAACUCCCGGAAUCCCUGGUCUCCCAGGACCCAAGGGACACAGAGGUUUUACUGGAUUCGCUGGUAAAAACGGCAACUCUGGUCUUGAUGGACCUAAGGGAGCUGCUGGCAACAUGGGACCAAUCGGUUUACCCGGAGGCGCUGGAGCACGUGGUGCCCCAGGUGAAAGAGGACGAUCUGGAUCUAGUGGACCUCCAGGAAUGCGUGGAGUUGAUGGAUUAUCUGGAAACGGUGGACCACCCGGAAGCGUUGGAAAACAGGGAGCCCCUGGUUUCCCUGGAACUCCUGGCCUCAAGGGUGAAGCCGGUUCUCCUGGUCCUAAGGGAGCUGUAGGACCUCAAGGCCCACGCGGAGAAAACGGAAAUGCCGGUGGUGCCGGUGAAGCCGGAUCCCCUGGACCCCAUGGUCUUCCCGGACCAAGUGGAGAAAAAGGUAGCCGUGGUAACCCAGGACCUACCGGUGCACCCGGAUUCCCCGGACCUCGAGGACCAACUGGACCUGUUGGAAGCCCAGGCAAAAAGGGAACUAAAGGUAUCCGUGGAGAACAAGGAACUCAAGGUUACAAAGGACAACCAGGAAGUAAAGGACCACGCGGCCCCUCUGGAGACCGUGGAUCUCCCGGACCCGCUGGUUCUGAAGGAAAGAGAGGUAUUGCUGGCGCCCCAGGCCCAGUCGGUGGUGUUGGCCCAUUUGGAGAGCGUGGACCUCCAGGCGAACGUGGUCUUUCAGGAGCUGACGGACUUCCAGGACCCAAAGGAGCUGAUGGAGAAAAAGGACCUCGUGGAAAAGUUGGUGACACUGGAGCAUCCGGAGAGAGAGGACGCCCAGGUUCCCCUGGACUUCAAGGACCAAUCGGUAUUCCUGGUAUGCCUGGCGCUGAUGGCCGUUCUGGCCCACCUGGACCUCCCGGAGCUGUUGGAAAUGAUGGCAACCCCGGUGAAAUGGGACCACCAGGUAUUCAAGGUCUUCCCGGAGCCCAAGGACCUGCUGGAGGCAAAGGAGAAAUUGGUUCUCCUGGCCCCGGUGGCAAAGACGGUCCUGCCGGACAACCUGGUCUCCCAGGUGACCCAGGACAACCAGGCGCUCGUGGACCACCCGGUCCUUCCGGAUUAGAAGGUGAAGCUGGCGAGAGAGGAAGCCCUGGCAGCGAUGGAGCUCCUGGUAGACAGGGAUUCCCAGGAAGCCAAGGACCACCCGGAGAGCCUGGAAAAGCAGGUGAACCUGGAACAAUUGGAAACACCGGUGUUCCCGGACGAAAUGGACCUCGCGGUGACCGUGGAUUCCCCGGAGAACGUGGACCUCCCGGAACUGAAGGAACUGCCGGACCACCCGGUCCACCUGGAAGUUCUGGUCCUGAUGGAGAAAGAGGCGCUCCCGGACCCAAAGGAACACCCGGAGAAGCUGGUGGCCAAGGAAUGAUCGGUAUGCCCGGUCCCAGAGGUGCAAUUGGUAGCCCAGGACCUAAAGGAGAAUCUGGUGAUGCUGGUUCUCCAGGAUUUGAUGGUGAAGUAGGACGUCCUGGACGCCCUGGUCAUCAAGGUGAACCCGGUCUUGCCGGACCCCCUGGCCCUAAACCAGAGAAAGGUGCUCGCGGAGAACCUGGACCUGCUGGUGAUCCUGGACAGCCCGGUGCCCCUGGUGAUAGAGGAGGCCCUGGACUUCAAGGUGAACAAGGUCUUCCUGGACUUCCCGGACCUAUUGGACCAGCUGGACCUAAAGGACCCUCAGGUGAUCGUGGAAUAAAGGGAGAAGUCGGUGGUGUUGGACCACAAGGUAACCCAGGUCGUAUCGGACUUCCCGGUCCUGAUGGCAUUCGUGGAAAGCGUGGACAACGUGGUGAAGGCGGUCUUACUGGAAUCCCCGGAGAGCCUGGAUCUAGUGGUCUUCCCGGACCUCAAGGUCCCCCUGGUCCUUCUGGAAGCCCUGGAGAGACUGGUGUUCCUGGAGAAAUCGGAAUUAAGGGUGCACGAGGAGAACAGGGAUAUGCUGGACGCAACGGUGAUGUCGGACCUCAAGGAUUCCCCGGUAUUCCCGGACAGAAGGGAAUUCAAGGAGAGAAAGGACCCACUGGAAACGGAGGCCCACUCGGACCAGCUGGACGUCAAGGUGAACGUGGUCUUCCAGGUAUUCCUGGAGUACAGGGAGAACGUGGACCUAAGGGACCACUUGGACCUCAGGGAGAUCCCGGAGAUCCUGGACAAUCUGGACGUGAUGGAGCCCAAGGCCCACAAGGUUUGCCUGGAGCACCAGGAACACCUGGUAUCCCUGGAGAAGCCGGACAAGUUGGUAACUCUGGACCUGAUGGCGAGAUCGGUAUUAGCGGUCGACCCGGAGAACAAGGACCUUCUGGUGAGUCUGGAGCAGUUGGCAGACCCGGCUCUGUAGGACUUCCUGGACCCCAAGGGGCACCAGGACCUUCUGGACCAAGUGGAAUUAGAGGAGAGAAGGGAGACGUCGGACCCGCUGGACCAGCUGGACUUGCCGGAGCCAGAGGAUCACCCGGACCUGCCGGAAUUGUCGGAGUCGACGGAUCUCGUGGACCAUCUGGUUUGAAGGGUUCCAAAGGACACCGUGGAUUUAGUGGACUUCCAGGUUUACCUGGAGCUAAGGGAAAUGAUGGAGAGAUCGGUACUCCAGGACCACCAGGACCUCCCGGACCCAUGGGACCUGAUGGCUCACGCGGACGCUCCGGAAAAGACGGUAUCUCUGGACCACCAGGAGUUAACGGCCGCCCCGGACCUCGUGGACCACCUGGAGAAGAAGGACGCAUGGGUAUUACUGGAGGCGCAGGACCAGCCGGACCUCCCGGACCCAGCGGACCAUCUGCUGCUUACUCUGCCAACCACAUCAGCAACUGGUUUACUAAGGGCCCUGAUCCUUACAUGCAAGAUCAAAAUCAAGAACACAGUCCUACCGUCAUUGAAACUCUCAGCCAAUUGAAGAAAACUUUCAAAGAGUUAAAGAAUCCAACAGGGUCAGCGGAUUCCCCAGCCAAGACUUGUAAAGAUCUUGCUGAACACUACCCAGAUUUGAAAGAUGGUUUCUAUCACAUCGAUCCUAAUGGUGGAACCAUAAUUGAUGCCGCCAGAGUUUAUUGUAAAAUAAGCACAAAAGAAACCUGCAUUGUUCCUUCACCAGUACAUCACAAGAAACCAGAACAAGUCAAUGAAUCUGGUGCUGAUUACAUGCUAGCAACUAAAAAAGAUGGAUUCAGCUACAAGGCUGACGGCCGUCAAAUCAAGAUGUUGCAAGUUUUAUAUAAGAAGGCUUCACAGAACGUUACUUUCCAUUGCCGCAAUACUGUCGCUUAUAAAAACGCCCAGACUGGUAGUACAAGGCAUGCUCUGAAAAUUGAAGAUUUCGAAGAAAACAUGCUAAAAUCUACAGGCAUCGCACGAUACUCUGUUAUAAGCGAUGGAUGUCAGCACAAGACCAAUAAGUUUGAAAAAACUGUGAUAGAGCUCAACUUAGAGUAUCCAACGAGGUUGCCAAUUAGAAAUGUUAAGGUCUUUGACUAUGGCAAAGAUGAUCAAGAGUUCACUGUGGAAUUGGGACCGGUCUGCUUUCACUAAAUUGUCAGGGAAUUUUAUUUUUGUUUGACUACAUCUACGUCUGAUGCUAAAUCCACACUGAUAACACCAAAAAGUGGAUCUCAUAUCCUGUCAAUUCUGGAUAAAAAUAUUAAUGUUAAACCUGGAAGCAGAGUCAACUCUUCACACCUUUUUACGCUCAUAAACAGUUCGCCAUCUUUUCGCGUGCACCUGACACCGAACAGUUGUUGAAAUUCUGGGGUAUCUGCGUCUAAUACACGCUUACCCCAAGUUCCCUAAGAGCGUCUUCUGAUUUCGCAAUGGUGCAAAUGUAAAUAAGAAAACAAUGAGUUGAUUCUGGUUUCAUAACAUUGCUGAAAUGUUAAGUUCCAUCUUGCCCAUGUCGGACAUUUGCUGAGACAAAAUGAAAGAAAAUAAAAUUUGGAAUUUUAGAAAAAAAA